AGACAUAUCACAAUUAUUGUUCUCCAAUUUUUCAUUUUUCUUCCCCAAGAUAUAGCUUCCCAAUCUCAACCACAGCCACGUUUUCCUCCUCCUUCUCCUCCUAUACAACACCACCCAUGGCCGGAGCUCUCUCUUCCACCAUACAUGGAAAUCUCAUAGCUCGUGCUGUCUCCAGUUCCAAUCCUAAACACCCAUUAUUCUCUCAUAGACCCAUGGUAGUUGCCAUGUCCACUGACCAGUCAUAUUGGAGCUCUGUAAAUGCUGACCUUGACACCCAUCUCAAGCAAGCCAUUCCCAUAAGGCAACCACUCGCGGUCUUUGAGCCCAUGCGCCAUCUCAUCUUAUCCGCCCCACAAACUUCCGCACCGGCCUUGUGUAUCGCCGCUUGUGAACUCGUUGGUGGCCACCGGAACCAAGCCAUGGCCGCAGCAUCCGCUUUACGUCUCAUGCAUGCUUCUACUUCCACUCAUGAGAACCUGCCUUUGACAGACAGGCCCAGGCCGAGGCGCAGAACCAGGCCCACUUUAUAUGGCCCUAACAUCGAGCUUCUCAUAGCAGAUGGAAUGAUACCAUUCGGGUUUGAGUUACUGGCACGGGACGAUGACCCGGCCGAAAAUAAUUCGAAUCGGGUUUUGCGUGCUAUCAUUGAGAUCUCACGUGCCAUGGGUUCACAAGGGGUGAUCGAAGGGCAAUAUAAUGAAUCACAAUACGAGGAAUCGGAGGGGGAGGAAAUAUUCCACGUGGGAUGGCUUCAAAAUGUAUGUAGAAAAAAAGAAGGUACCUUACACGCGUGUGCGGGUGCGUGUGGCGCAAUAUUAGGAGGUGGAAGCGAAGACGAGAUAGAAAAAUUGAGAAGGUAUGGCUUGUAUGUAGGAAUGGUACAAGGAAUAUUGAGCAAGGUUGAUGAAAGGAAGGAGUGGCCAGCGAAAGAGGUGAAUAAGCUAAGAGAUUUGGCUCUUAAAGAAUUGAAAGAUUUCAACCAAGCAAAGGUUAAAACAAUUUCUAUCCUUGUUGAGACCAGGUUUUGUAAUUUAUGAGUUUUACAAGAUAAAUAUUAUUUUUAUAAAAAUAAAAUAAUAUUUAUUUUAAAUGUA